AUGAUACCUAAUGAAAUUUUUGCUGAAGAUAUGAUGAGCACAGUGAUACGAUACGGUCUAUACAUUGGGGCUGCUUUCCAAUUGAUUUGCUUAUUGGCAUGUGUAACCCUAACCGAUGACCAGAGCGAAAUUCAUCCAUAUGAAAAGGCGUAUACAGAUAGUGAUGAAUGUAGUUCAGAACAAUCCUCACCAGGACAUCGUGCAACUAUUUCGCGCGCCAGGCGUCAUGAUAAAAAGAAGCGGCGU